CCGUGUGGCGCCUGCGGUGACCAGUGUCCCGGGUUCGCCCUGCACAAAUGGAGGAAGAUCUGCCUGCACUGCAAGUGUCGCCAGGAGGAGCACAUGGUGACCGUGAUGCCGCUGGAGAUGGAGAAGACCAUCAGCAAACUCAUGUUUGACUUCCAGAGGAGCUCGACCUCCGACGAUGACUCGGGCUGUGCCCUGGAGGAGUACGCCUGGGUCCCACCGGGGCUGAAGCCCGAGCAGGUGCACCAGUACUACAGCUGCCUCCCUGAAGAGAAGGUCCCUUACGUUAACAGCCCGGGAGAGAAACUGCGAAUCAAGCAGCUCCUCCACCAGCUGCCUCCACACGACAACGAGGUCCGGUACUGCAACUCCCUGGAUGAGGAGGAGAAGAGGGAGCUGAAGCUGUUCAGCAAUCAGCGGAAACGUGAGAACUUGGGCCGAGGGAAUGUCAGGCCCUUCCCCGUCACCAUGACCGGCGCAAUCUGCGAGCAGUGUGGAGGCCAGAUUAACGGCGGGGACAUUGCUGUGUUUGCGUCACGCGCUGGCCACGGUGUCUGCUGGCACCCGCCCUGCUUCAUGUGCACCGUCUGCAAUGAGCUCCUGGUGGAUUUGAUCUACUUUUACCAAGAUGGGAAGAUCUACUGUGGGAGGCACCAUGCCGAGUGCCUGAAGCCUCGCUGUGCCGCCUGCGAUGAGAUCAUCUUUGCUGAUGAAUGCACAGAAGCUGAGGGGCGGCACUGGCACAUGAAACAUUUCUGCUGCUUCGAAUGUGAGACGGUGCUGGGCGGCCAGCGCUACAUCAUGAAGGAAGGAAGGCCCUACUGCUGCCACUGUUUCGAGUCCCUGUAUGCGGAGUACUGUGACACCUGUGCCCAACACAUAGGGAUCGACCAGGGCCAGAUGACCUACGAUGGCCAACACUGGCACGCCACGGAGACCUGCUUCUGCUGUGCGCACUGCAAAAAGUCCCUCCUGGGGCGGCCGUUCCUCCCAAAGCAGGGCCAGAUAUUCUGCUCCCGAGCCUGCAGUGCCGGCGAGGACCCCAACGGCUCUGACUCCUCUGAUUCGGCCUUCCAGAACGCCAGAGCCAAGGAGUCCCGGCGCAGUGCCAAGAUCGGCAAGAACAAGGGCAAGACAGAGGAGGCCAUGCUGAGCCAGCACAGCCAGCUGCAGGUGAGCUCAAACCGGCUGUCGGCCGACGUGGACCCCCUGUCCCUGCAGAUGGACCUGCUCAGCCUGUCCAGCCAGACGCCGAGCCUCAACCGGGACCCUAUCUGGCGCAGCCGGGACGAGCCCUACCACUAUGGGAGCAAGAUGGAGCAGGGUCAGGCCCAGAGCCCUCUGCAGCUGCUUGGCCUGUGCAAUGCGAGGGCUCCCUACAGCCCAGGAGCGCAGGGAGCGGGGGCCCAGGGCGACGUGUGGCCCCCACACUUCGCCAACCCCAAGCGGAGCUCGGCGCUGGCCAUGAAAGGGCAUGGCGGCAGCUUCCUCAAGGAGUGCCGCGACGACUACUACCCGGCGCGGCUGCGGUCCCAGGACAGCUACAGCGACAUGUCCACUCAGGGCUUCGGCGAGGCCCGGGGCGGCAUCCAGGUGCCCAAGUACGAGGAGGAAGAGGAGGAGGAGGGGGGCGGGGGCCUGGCCCCCCAGCAGUGCCGGACCCGCCACCCGCUCGGCUCCCUGCAGUACACGGAGGACAGGACUCCCACGGAGCAGACGCCGCGUGGCUCCGUGGACUCGCUGGCCCUGUCCAACACAACAGGCUUCUCGGCUGAAGGCGGGGCCAAGCGCCAGGAGCAUCUGUCCCGGUUUUCCAUGCCUGACCUCAGCAAAGACUCCGGGAUGAACGUGUCGGAGAAGCUGAGCAACAUGGGCACCCUCAACUCGUCCAUGCAGUUCCGCAGCGCCGAGUCGGUGCGCAGCCUGCUGUCGGCGCAGCCGCACCCCGAGCUGGACGGCGGCCUGGUCCACAGUGCAUCUCGGUGGCCACCUGCCGCGGUGAGUGGGCAUUUGGCCAAUGGCAUCCAACAGGGCGCUGGUCAAGCUUCUCUGAAAGUCUCAGUCUUCACCAAUAAGGUCUGUUCCCGUGCCUAUUGA